GAAAUUUAUUGAGCACUUACUGUGUGCUUUGCAGGCAGCAUAUUGUCCUAAGUGUUUCAUGCAUGUUCUUUCCUUAACAUAGUCCCUGUUCUAGCCCCUGGUUUACAGAGAGGAGAUGGAAUAAUGGAAAUAAAAUGCUCAGGGUCAGAGCACAAGAGCGUGACAGGACCACAUUGCCUCCCAGCUCAAGCCUCAGUGAAGUAUAUUGGUUUUUGUUAGCUCUUACCUUCCCACUGCUGUGAUUGAAGAAGAUAUUCAGAGAACUUUAUAGGAAGUGCAUUGGAGUAGGUGGAAUUUUACAUUGACUUCUGGCAACAGAAAAAUACAAGAAACAAAACAAAAAUGGCUCCUAUAAUCCUUGUUGACAAAGGUAUCUUUGUACCUUUAUAGUAAUUACCUUGAUCCUGCUUUUGCCACUUCCAAAACCAUAACUUUAAGAUUUAGAAAGCAGUUCCCCACUCUCCCCUUUCCGCCCACGAGUUCUUCUCUCCAGAGGUUGCCUCUUCUGACUUUUAAGCUGUUCCCAAGGUAUUGAACUCCAUGUUUGUGCAAGGAGCAAGUUUUCGAGGUUGGAAAGAAGUGACGUCUCUGUUUAAUAGGGAUGAUGAACAGCAUCUACUCGAAAGAUGUAAAUCUCCCAAGUCUAAAGGACCGAAUUUACGAUUAAAAGAAGAGUUGAAGACAGAGAAGAAAUCUGGAUUUUGGGACAGUUUGGUUUUAAAACAGAAUUCACAGUCCAAAAAGCCUGAUGAGAUUGAAGGUUGGGAGCCUCCAAAAAUUGCUCUUGAAGAUGCAGCCGCUGAUUCAAGCGACACCAUGAGCGACCAGUUGUCUUGGCCAGGCUGGGAAGAUGAUACUAAAGGCUCCACUAAGUAUACCACCCUGGCCAGCUCAGGAAACAGCUCCCGAUGGAGCAUCAAGUCAGCCGGAAAGCUGGUUAAUGAGAGAAUGAAGUUUUGAUCUUGCGGUUAUGUUUGAAUUCUGUGUACACACAAGGUCAUUUACUGUGUGAAGAAAGAGUUAUCUGUACUCCUUAUGAAGUUAUUAUUUUUUAAUAGAAAAGUGAUUGGCUUCAAAGAAGGUGGGAUUCAUUCUUAAUGCCGAGGUUUAAAAAAAUAAAAAUACUGUUUUUACCAUCUUGCAUUAUUAGUUUGCAUGAUCAUCGGCGUCUACUUAAAGGUGAAUGCUUACGAUGGCUUUAAGUAUUCAUUUAGAGCUGCUGGCAUUUUUCUUAAAUUUUAAAAUGCAAACAAUACAUGUAAACUUUUUCAUAAAUAAAUGAACAAUUUCAACUUCA